AUGGGCGCCGGCAUCAUCGCCCCCGGCCGCGUCUUUGAGUGGACCAUUGGCGGCCGCGGCACCACGCAGACUAACCGGAAGGUCUUUGUCCACCUGCCCAUGACCAAGAGCGGCAAGGCCAAGAUUAGGAUAGACGGCCGCGACGACGCCGUCUUGUCCGAGGGCGACGGCGCCUUUGUCGAUGCCGUCCAUGCUGGGGACAAGCUUGGUGUCGAGAGCGUCGGCGAGGCCGAGGCCGAGGUCAUUGUGCUGGAUACUGCGUGA